AUGUUUACACUGAACCCACCAAGCAAACAAAAAUCAUCAAUCUCAUUCAUAACUUUAGAUCAGUCAAUUCCCGAAGAAAGCCCUAUCUAUUCAUUCUCUGGGGAAUUUAUGCAAUGGUCACCUCCGCCCCAAGUACCCUCCCCAAACUCAGACCAGCCCUUCCUGGGUGCCCCCGACCUUUCACCAUGCUCCCAGAAUCGCAUCUGGACAUCUCGAUACAAACCAACAGACGAUCAGAGCUUCGAAGUCUGGAGAGACCCCUUCAGCGUCUUUGCCCAGCUCUCACCCCGUGCCAAUACUCCUGAAUCGAUCAGGGAACCGGAAGAGGACAAGGAGAAUAUCUUCGCCACAAGCUCGGAUUACGAAUUUCCACGAGAACAAGAGGAAGAAGGCAUGAACAUUGACUUCGAUGCUUUACACAAUCAUCGUCUGGACGCUUUCGGUGCUCCAUUUGCGAUACCAUUCGCCAGACCUCUCGCAGAACGCAGUGUAAACGACGAUGGCUCUCUAGGCCAUCACGUCCAUGCAAUCCAUUUCCCUGUUCCUACUGAGACUGUUCGCCCUGCUAUGCGGAUUCGGUUCCACGAGGAGGAAGAUGGUCUGAAUGGGCACUGGGAUGACUGGGGAGAUGUCUUGGAAAGAGGUCAAACUCGUGAUCUCGCGACUUUGAGUGAUCAAUACGCCCGUGGUGUUGAACAGCGUGAGAACAACGGACGUCAGUAUCCUAUGCGCGAUGAUUUGAAUAUCUAG